GCGAUCGCAAACGUGUGUGUUUUCCGUGUGUUUUAAAUUAAAAAUAAUAAUCAAUUUUGCGAUGGGUUGGGUUCUGGAUUCAUUUUCCUGAUCACCAGUCUUGCACACGCCUAGUGGGCAUUUAAAGACAAAAUGGGAGAUAUAAUAUGUGCUGGUAGGACCAAAUUGUUGGAGGAGGGGAUGAAUGCUGGUGAUGGAUGCCAUUUUGCCAGCCUGUUGGCGAUAUCAGUUGAAAAACCACCGCCGUUUCAGAGAACGGAAAACGGAAAAGUGCACAACCCAAAAUUAUGCUAAAAUAAAUACAACAAGUACGGAAAAAAAAAUAAAAAAAAAACAAAAAAACGAAAAAAAACGAAUCCACACAUAAAGGCAGCAGAAGCAACAACAAAAGAAAAUCACAAAAGCGAAGAGAAAACUUCACGAGGAAUUCACGAAUUUGCAUUCGAAUUUUUAGUUUUUGGACCUGAAGACCCGAGGACCUGAAGAGAACUUUGGAACCGGACCAGCACAGGACCAAGCCGUGUGCCAAUUUAUGCGGCCAUAAAAGUUAAAGGGGAAAUCAUCCAAAGCAGGGGUGCAGGAGAAUCACUUAACCAACUGCAGAGACAGUCGCAGCAUUAGAGGACGUGCCGGGCAUGCCGAACGGGCCCUCAGUCCUUAGCCCCGCGAGUCCCCAGUUUCAGGCCACAGUCUUAGCCACAUCCACAUCCCCAUCCCCAUCCGUAGUCGCAGCAUCGGCAGCAUCGGCAGCAGGAGCCGGAACAUGAUGUAGGAGACCGAGGAGGGACAACGUUCUUGUUGAUGAUGCGCCAUUGCCAUCGACUUGUCUGCCCCUUUGAGCCUUCGAGAGCUGCCACCAGAGAGGGAGGAGAGCCAGAGCCAGAGCCAGAGCCUGCUGCCUAGGCCCCGAAUCGGACCAAUUUAUAAUUGUGAAUCAUAACGACGCCAGAUACAGAUACAGAUACAGAUACAGAUACACAAGCAGUGCCAUUGCCAGUGCUAGAGCCAGGGCCAGAGCCAGAGUCAGGGCAAGAGCAAAGGCUUUGCAUACGCAGAAAGUUUCCAAGUGAUUAAUUUCACAAAGGGAUUCGACAGAAGCAGGAGAAGGAGCAGCAGGAGCAGGAGCAGAAGCAGAAGCAGCAACUUAAGCCAAUUACGCAAGUGAUAAGAACGAAAUAAAGCAAGGGCCGGGGCAGGGGCAGCGCCAGAUGCCGCCAUGAGUUUCCUCAGCUCUAUGCAGCAGUAUGUAACAAGUGGCAUCUCGAGCCUGGGACUCGGCAAUCGACGCUUCUCCCUCUCCCGCCAGGAGUCCAGCGAGCAGCAGUCGGGAGGCGUUGGCGGCGUCCCACCUGGUGGCAUCGCUGCCGCUACACCUCAGCCACCGUUUGCCCCGCAGCAGCAGCUGCAACAACAGCCGCUGCCACUGCCGUUGCCACUUCAACAACAGCAGCAGCAGCAACAAUUGCUGCUGCAGCAGCAGCAGCAACAGCCGCCACACGGCCACCCACCGCUUCAGCAACAGACGAGCAUUGGCAGUGGCCUGGGCAUAGGACUAGGUGCAGCUGCCGUUUAUGGGGCACCGGCCACACCCAUCGCAGGAGUGGGAGCCACAGCGAGCGGCAGCAAUUAUCCAUCCGGCGGCGUAGUAAUCGGCAACCCGAAUGCCACAAAUCCAUUGCUGGGCUAUCCCAAAACUGGAGCUGGUUGCACCUCCACAUCCGCUUCCGGCAGCGGCGGCACACCCCAGUCCCGUCGCCAAUCGCGCGCCCUGGAAUGCCUCGCCCCGCCGCGCACCGGCUCGUUCCGGCAACGCAACUCGCCGCUGCACCAAGUGGAUCCGCCGCCACGCCCACCGUUGGCCUUCUGCAAGCGUCGCCUGAGCUGGCCCGAGGUGGACCCGCGCUCCAAUUCCGGAGUACAGGAAACGGAUGGCUCGUAUUUUGAGAACUUUACAUCGCUCGGCUGGAAACGUGAAAAUCGUCGCAUGUCAGCCACGCGUGCCGCCGAGGCACGUGCCGAGGCUAAUCCCGAAAAUGAACGUGAUCCGCCGGCGCCUGAGGAGUCCAUUGACCGCCAGGACGAGAAGGAGAAACUGUAUGCGGAGGUCCUGCAUACCAUUGCAAAUACGGUGGGCGCCCCAGCACCGGGCGGACAGUUUGCACAUUACAAGGAUGAGAUGUAUCUGCAUGCACAGCGCGCCUUUGGUGUCAAUCCGGAUCGUCAUUAUCGCCUGCUGCAUGCCUCCGCCGAGGAUAAACCAAAGAUAAUCGUACUCUCUGCGGUGGUAAUCGAGGCUGAUGGCCUGGAGGCAAAGGAUGCCAAUGGUUUCUCGGAUCCGUACUGCAUGCUGGGCAUCCAGCCGGACGGUGACGGUUGUCCGCCCGUGUCGCCGCUGCCGCUGCCGCCGACACCGCGAGCCCUAUCGGCGGACAUGAGCGGUGGCUUUGACAACAGCGCCACGGAUUCGCCGCCGCACCGAAAGCAUAGCUUCCGGCUUAGCUUCAAGCGGCGGGAGGCGGGUCGACGGGAGCAGCGCGACUCACUGGGCGGCCCGGUGCCCGCCAAGCUCAUCAAGGCGACCAGCAUCAAGCCGCACACGCUGACCCCCAAAUGGAAUGAGAAGUUCAAAUUUGACAUAGAUGACAUCAACACGGACACCUUUCACCUGGACAUCUGGGACCACGAUGACGAAAGCUGCGUCCUGGACGCCGUCUCGCGACUGAACGAAGUUCGUGGCGUGCGCGGACUGGGGCGCUUCUUCAAGCAGGUCUGCCAGUCGGCGCGUCAGGGCUCCCAGGACGAUUUCCUCGGCUCGGUGAACAUAGCCAUAUCGGAUAUACCCUCCACCGGGCUGGACGCCUGGUUCAAGCUGGAGGCACGCAGCCACCGCAGCACCGUGCAGGGACGCAUCCGUCUCAAGCUGUGGCUCUCGACACGCGACGAUCGGGGCAAUAUCGCCGAGGAGAAUCACGAGCACCAGAUGCACAAGGUCGAACAGCUGCAGAUGGUGUUCAUGCAGCACGAGGUGACCACCCACGAGCCCUCGUGGACCUGGUGCGGGGACCUGCCGGGUCCGGCCCUAACCAUACUCCAUCAGUUGGCCGUGCAGGGAGAUCUAUCGGACCUGCAUUGCGCCAUGGCCAGAUAUGUGGCAGCGGCCAAGUUGAAUCGAUCGACACCAUUGGACCCGAAGUUCCUGCACCGUCUGCUUGGCGAUGUGGAGAAGCAAUGGAAUCAGCCCAAUCAGGAGGCCUUGAGUCGGGAUCUGGAGCAGUGGCUGGCCGAGGCGAUGAAUGGAUUUGUGGAGCGUUCGCUGAACCAGAUCCGGCGGCACAGGGACAUCUUUCCGGCCCUGAAUCCGCCCUCGCUGAUACGCCUGGAGUUCCUGCUGCGCUGCCUGGGACUGCUCGGCUCGAUGCGGGCCUUUCGGGCCGUCUGCCCCUUCAACAAGGGCGUGCGCGGCGAGGUGGUGAAUGCCCUGCGCAAGGGCUCCGUCAUGUGGGGCCAGAAUGUGCUCCGCGAGUCGCAAUGCUUGCCCAAUCCAUUAUCGAAUUUCGUAACAACAUUAACGGCCGACAUCCAGCUGGGACAGACGUAUUACCAUGCCCUCUUCGACAACACGAACGGGAUACAGUACUUCAGCAUUAUCUACAAACAAUACGAUGCGAUGGUGGGCGAGGAGCUGUACAGCCGCAUGGCCGCCGGCCAGGUGCCAGGUGUGCGGAUGAACCUGUCGCAGUAUGCCGUGCUCGAGGGCGACGCGGAGCCGGUGGACACGAAGCCGUUUGAAUUGUUUCUGGCUCUGCAGGAGUUCUGUCAUUUGAAACGGCACCUGUCCGCCCAGCCGCAGCCGCCGGAGAAGCCGCUGGCCCUGAGCAACAGCCACGAAUGGUUCAUCCCCACCUUUGAGCGCUGGAUGAUGGUGAGCAAGGCGAAGGCCCUGCAGCGGAUCCGCGCAGCCAUCCGCAUGGACGCCAUCUGUGAGGGCGAGCGCAUAGUCAGGUACAGCAGCUCCUCGGUGGACACGGCCAGCACUCUGCUGAACAUCAAGGAGUUCUGGAAGGUCAUCAACUGGCCGGACGAGGACACGGCCAUCAUGCUGGAGUCGCAGCUCAUCGACGUGGUCUGCUCGGCGGCCAUGCACUACUGCGACCUCAUCCAUACCGCGCUGGCGGACAGCGGCUACUACGAGCAGCAGGGCCCGUUCCGCUGCUCGGACGACAUGUGCGUGACCGUCAACAAUGUGGAGUAUGUGCGUCGCACCCUGGCCGAGUUCCGCUCGGAUGAACAGCCCCUGGAGGAGUCGGCCGACAACCUCCUGGAGUCCAGCCUGACCCACAUGGAAAACCGCACCGAGCGCAUCCUCUCGAAGCUGGCUCCGCUCAUGCAGAUGUCGCUGCAGAAGGCGGUGUUCCAUCUGGCCUGGUCGCCAGACUCCUUGCCGGCAAAUCAGGCGAUUGUGCCGCUGCUGGAGUACUUGGACUGUCACCUGGCGGCGCUCAACAGCGCCCUGCUCACCAAGAACUUCAACCGAUCGCUGCGCUUCAUCUGGAAGACGGUUCUGGGCGAGAUGUCCCGCCAAAUGGAGACGGGCGACGAGACGGACAAGCCCACGCACUUCCACAAGCGUCUCUACGAGGCCCUGCAGCUGCUGGUGGACUUUUUUCACGCCGAGGGCCAGGGCCUGCUGCUGGAGUGCCUGCACACGGACGACUUCUGGCGCAUCGAGCAGCGGCUGCAGUUCCACAAGACGGACACGGAUCGGCUCAUAGACAUGUUCUACAUGAACCGCCUGCGAGAGCAGCUAAUGGCCGUAAGUCCAAGUCCGUACGGUUCGCUGGCCGUGCGGGCCUACUUCAAUCACGAUUCUCUGUGUGUGGAGGUCCUGCAUGCCAGGGAUGUGGUGCCACUGGAUCCGAAUGGGUUCAGCGAUCCGUUUGUGGUCAUUGAACUGCUGCCACGAAGGGUCUUCCUGCACUGCAUGGAGCAGCAGACAAACGUCCACAAGCGAACGUUGAACCCCAUCUUCGACGAGUGUUUUGAGUUCUCUGUCACCUUGGAGCAAUGCCUCACCGAUGGCGCCAUGAUCUGCUUCACGGUCAUGGAUCACGAUGUCCUUACGGCCAAUGAUUUCGGCGGGGAGGCCUACCUGGCCCUGGGCAAUAUACCCGGCGUGGAGGCCUACAGCACCAGUGUGGACAACUUUCAUGGCCUAAAGCAGAUCGAGCUGCCCCUCAUGCAGCAGAAGGAUAAAUGCAAUCCCAUUUUGCAAAUCCUUGAGCUGCGCGUCAAUGACAAACAGGCCCAGGACUUUGUGCGCAAGCAAAAGGCACGAUUUAUCACUUGAUUUUAAAGGACACGACAGGACAGGAAAGGACAGAACGAACCGUUUGUAAAACGUGUAUUUGAGAUCAAAGAGAUCAAAGUGUGGAAAGUAUGGUGGAUCGUGCAAUGUAAUUGCAUUGAUGGCGAUAAAUUAACCAAAAAGCUACUCGUUAACUGUAUCCAAACCAGCACUGUAUGUAUUGUACUUAAUCUAGUUGUUUGACAAAGACUCCAACUACCCCUACCCCUCGCCCUCUUCCUCCCCCAAUGGGGGAGUCCCCCGUUCUUCUCUUGUGUUUGUAAAUGUUAGCGAAAUAUCGAAAUCGAAAUGAAAUUCCAAUGGUGCAAAAGUAACAAGUAAAUGGGACAUGAAAUGCAUUUCCUGCUCUACACAAAACGUUGCUUGAACAAAAUUAUAAGUAAACUAGGGACUACAUAUAUAUGUGUGUGUGUAUGUAGGUGCUUAGUAUGUAUUGCUGAAGUUGUCACAAUUAGGCAAUCAAUGAAAAUUUAUGAAAAGAAAUCAAACAGACAGAAACAGACACAACCACAACACUAGAGAUACCUACUCCAGCACCCAGAUGCGUUUUGAAGACUUUUAACAUGGACACAAUGAAAGGGUUUCGGACUACCGGAACUUGGGAUAGACGCCACACAACAUUUUUGGGUCAAUUUAAACUAUACGAAAAAUAUAUCAAUAUACACACAAUUUUAAAAUAGGGAAAACUCAACCUCCUGUCUACCAUAAGCCAAGAAACAAUCAAAAAAAAACUCCGAGCUUCUUUGAAACCCCGCCCCUCCCCCGUUAAAACACACGAACACUUACCAAUACAAAGGAAACCUAUUUAUAAUAUAAAUAUAUAUAUGUAUAUGUAUGAAGAUGUAUGUGUAUGAUGUAUACAAUUUAUAUCACGCCCAAAGGACAGUGUAACUAAGUCUAAAGUAUAUUUGUAAACUAUUUUCUGAGCACAGAUUUUGUAUAAAUUUAUUAGAUACACACACGCUUGUCCCCACCCCACCCUCACCCAACCCAACACUCUCCUCCCCAGAGAGGCAGCCUUCAGCUCUUUUGCUUAUACACAACUUAGGGCAUUUCCCCCCACCAAAAACAGACUCCCCUCUACUGUAGAGCCCCAUCCCGAAUUGUUUUUUUACCCAGAAGAAGGAGCAGAAAAGGCCUCGCUUCUAUUGUAAAUUUUGUACUAUAUACAAUGGUCUCUCUAUAAAGAAGAAACUCAAACAUAUACCUCCUACACACAGCUAUAUGUACGAGUAGUAUAUUAUGAAUAAUGGGGGGAUUGUUGUAACUGUAACUCUUAACUUUAAACUGUAGCAAAAACUUUUUAUACCUUGGCAAAGGCAUCAGCGGUCGGGGCUGAGGACAAUUUUAAGAGAAGAACUAAAAAAAACUAAGGCGAACCAGAAGAUACGAUGCGGAGAUAUGAUGCACAACAAAAGAACAAAAGAUAGGCAAAGAAAAGAAAAGAGAAGAGAAGAAAAUCCAAGUCAAAUUACAAGCUAUUUUUAAUAUUUACACUUAACUCCAGCAGGACGACGACGGGACACUUCAUGAACGUUAAUUACCAAACGAACAAAACGAGUAUUAUUGCAUACAAAUAUAAAUAUUAAUAUACAUAUAUCGAUAAAUAAUUAAUCAGUGAAUAUGCAACAAGUAUUUAGUUAGUAAGAUCAACUAUUUUUUUUUGUUCUGUAUCUUUGCACAGCCCUUAUCUCUGAGCUCUGAAACUUUCUUCAGUUCGAUUCUGUUCCGUUCCGUUUUCAGUUGAGGUUUUUCUUUCAACUUCGGUUAGGUCUGCCAUCGCCAAGACAUCGACAAAGAUCAGGAGACAAACAUCGAAGUAGAGUCAACGCCGUACUGUGCGCCUAUAAUUUCUAAAUUAUAAAUGUGUCUUUAUCGAACUGCAACUACGAUUUCCCUUUCCACUCGAGUAUCUUCCAAAAGCACUUGUUAUUUUGAACAGCUCUUCUCCGAACAGAACUACUCUGAACUCCCCCUGCUCUGAACUGCUGUCUGCUAUCUUCCAUGCUUUUUGUGCGGCUAAAAGAAAUAGUUGAGUAAAUAAAUGAAUAAAUACGAUUAUAUAGGCAAAUAUUUGCCGUACUAACCAACCCACAACCACUGUGUUGAUAUGUGUACCUAUGAUAAUUUCCUAUAUCGAAUCACACAGAGCAUAUGCAAAAUGCCGGCGCGCAAACAAUAAGAAUCUAUCAAAUUAAAUCAAUUAAAUUAUUCAUGUUACUAGCACUAGCUAAAGAGUAAAUACUACCAAAAAAGGGUAAUCGGACACCGAAAAGAAGAGCAGAAGUGUAAGCUGAUAUACGAAGUGCGAAAUGCGAACAUUUGGCCCAACCGAAGAGACCAAACGCAUUUCCCACAAACCAAUCCAAACCAAACCAAACGAAACGAAACGAAACCAAUGCAAAAACUGAACAUACAAUACGAAUAUGCAAGAAAAAUCAAGGCCAAAACAUACAUGAGUGUAUACCUACUACUAUACCAUACCUACAUAUUACUAUAGUAUAUAAUAUACAUAUUUGAGUGUACAAUUGUUGUGCUAGUUACAGAAUACAAACGAAACAAAAAAAAACAAAAAAAAACAAAUACCAAACAAAGGAACCUACAACAGAGCCCUCCUACAUGCAUAUACAUACAAUGCAAAUACAUUCUGAUUGCUAUAUAUACAAGCAACCAGCAGAAAAAAAAACCAAUAACGGCUAACUACAAGGUAUAUUUUCGAUUAUAUACGCUACAAAUAUUUAUUUAUUUCAAACUUUUACACAGAAACGAAACGAAACGAAACCAAAACCAAAACCCAUGCCAUACACAUCUAAACAGAAAACAGAAAACAGAAUACUAGGUACAUACAAUAUUUAUAAACUGUUGUAUUUUUUGUAAGCCAAGGCAGAACUACUAGACAAAAAAAAAACACUCUACCGCCGAAACUUGAUAAAGAUAUUUUGAUGAGAAACAAGAUAACAAGAACAGCAAGGAUACGAGGAUACGUAUAUUAUAUAGUUUUUUUAAAUGUGAAUACAUUAAUAUUUAUGUGUGUAUUGCAAAUACCAACAACGGGCCACAAUUCAGGUUCCUAAGCUCCCCUCCGUUAAGAAAUAUCUGAAUAGCAAGCGACAAAAGCGACAAAAGCGACACCUAACUAAACCUAAGUACAUAUGUUUGUUUGUAUGUAUGUAAAUGUGUGUGUGUGUGUGUCAACAGCAACAGCAUCUAACAGCUAACAGCUAAUAUCAAAUCAAAAACCAAUUGCGAGCAAAUCCCUACUUAAUGUGAAUCCAACAAAAUGCUGCAGAAAGAAACAUUAUCAAAUUCAAUCAAUAAAUGUCAAUGAAUAAUUAAA